AAAUAAGUCUCUCGUUGGCACGAAGCAUGGCCGCGGCUAGCAGGAGGCGGCUGCAGCGUUGUCUCCUUUCUUUCCAGUGUGCCGCAAAGGCGAGAGCCGGGCAUGAUCUGGCUUUGAAGUACACAAGCCGUGGCUAUGCAUCACAGCGUACUUUAAAUGAAGUGGUGAUAGCGAGUGCUGCAAGGACACCAAUUGGCUCUUUCCAAGGAUCUCUCUCGUCAUUGCCAGCCACCAAACUGGGUUCCAUUGCAAUUAAAGGAGCAAUUGACAGAGCUGGUAUCCCCGUGGAAGAAGUUAAAGAAGUGUACAUGGGGAAUGUCUUGCAGGCUGGACAAGGACAAGCUCCGGCAAGACAAGCAGUCCUGGGCGCAGGUCUGCCCAUCUGCACUCCUACUACAACUGUCAAUAAGGUCUGUGCUUCAGGAAUGAAAUCGAUCAUGAUGGCAGCACAAAGCCUGAUGUGUGGGAGUCAGGACGUCAUGGUUGCUGGUGGAAUGGAGAGCAUGUCUAAUGUUCCCUAUACAAUGAGCAGAGGAGCAACACCGUACGGAGGAGUAAAACUGGAAGAUCUGAUAGUAAAAGAUGGACUCACAGAUGUCUAUAACCAUAUCCAUAUGGGCAACUGUGCUGAGAAUACGGCGAAAAAGUUCACCAUUUCACGAGAGGAACAAGACACUUACGCCAUAGGCUCUUACACUAGGAGCAAAACAGCCUGGGAUUCGGGAAUACUCAAAAAUGAAAUAGUUCCUGUCACUGUUUCUAAAAAAGGAAAGCCAGACACAGAAGUGGCAGAAGAUGAAGAAUAUAAACGUGUGGAUUUUAGUAAAGUUUCAAAGCUGAAAGCUGUUUUCCAAAAAGAAAAUGGAACAGUUACAGCUGCUAACGCCAGUACUCUGAAUGACGGAGCAGCUGCUUUGGUUCUGAUGACUACAGAGGCAGCCAAGAGACUGAAAGUUAAACCUCUGGCACGGAUAGUUGCUUUUGCAGAUGCUGCUGUCGAUCCUAUUGACUUUCCUAUUGCACCUGCAUAUGCUGUUCCCAAGAUUCUAAGUGAGACGGGCCUGAAAAAAGAAGACAUUGCAAUGUGGGAAAUCAAUGAAGCCUUCAGUGUUGUGGUGCUGGCCAAUAUUAAAAUGCUGGGCAUUGAUCCACAAAAAGUAAACAUUAAUGGAGGUGCUGUCUCUCUUGGGCAUCCAAUAGGAAUGUCUGGAGCAAGAAUUGUUGUUCACAUGGCCCACGCCUUGAAACAAGGACAGUAUGGGCUUGCGGGAAUUUGCAAUGGUGGAGGAGGCGCUUCUGCGAUACUGAUUGAGAAGCUGUAGGCCCAAGCAGCUGCUGGAAAACAAAGCCUUAACCACUCCGAUGUGAGUGAUGAGCAACACCUGUUACAUCUCAUCUCUGAGUGGAUGGAUUCCUUAAUGGCUGUUCUAAAGUUUCUAAAACGUCACUGAUACAGACAGCGGGGCUUUUGUAACUUUGACUCAAUGCAAGUUUUUAUACAGUACAAGUAAAAAAAAAUCAUGAUGAUGGAUCAAGACCUGACAAUAAAGAAUGUCUAUGUCAA